AUGGAUUCUUCCACAUUCAACAGUCUCAGCAGCAGACUAACGAGACUAGAACUCCAGGCAGGAGAAAAGGACAAAUCUGGUGUUUCCUUGACAGCACAGGUGCAAGAUCUCCAGGCCAAAGUCGAUGCACUUUACAAGUCCAAUGCUGAGCUUCAGACGUUGGAGAGAAUCAUAGAAACCGUUAGAGACCCAAAGAAACACAUUCCUGAGGUCAGAAACCGCAGCAGUGUUCCAGAUGCAGAGAAACAGGAAGUGCUUUUGGCCAAGUUCCCGGCAAUUCGGGAAGCCUACUCUAACUUGGCUGAACUCUCCACAUUGGACAUUCCAGCCCUUUCUUCUGAGGUCGUGAACAAAAUUGACUUGGAGCUGGUGCAUCAGAGACAGGAAGCGAUUGAGGGCAUCAUGAGGGCAUACCACAUGUUGGUGGUGAAGAAUACGCUUGUUUUUGAGAAGUACAUGGCGUUGAUGGAGCGAGAGAACUCGUUUUGGGUCGACGUGGAGCGCAAGCUCACCGCGAUGAAGAUUCGUCUAGACGAGUUGGAAGAUAAGAAGCACUACGCAUGA